GCCAUCCGCAGAGUGAAAAAACGAGCGACAAGACAGGACGCUCGCCGUCCCCUCCCGAGAUCUUGCGCCGUCUCCUCGCCGCCGUCGCCAUGGGAACCGUGCUCUCCCUGUCGCCCAGCUACCGCAAGGCGGCCCUGUUUGAGGAUGGGCCGGCCACGGUGGGCCACUACACGGCGGUAAAGAACAGCAAGAACGCCAAGGACAAAGGCCUGAAGCGCCACUCGCUCAUCAACGUGCUGCCGUGGAAGCGCAUCGUGGCUGUGUCGGCUAAGAAGAAGGGCUCCAAGAAGGUGCAGCCCAACGGGACCUACCAGAACAACGUCAGCCACCUGAACAAUGAGAACCUGAAGAAGUCGCAGUCGUGCGCCAACCUGUCGUCCUUCACGCAGGACCAGAGCACUCCGAGCAACAAGGCCUCCAACGACAACUCCUCGGUCAAGAAGGCCCCGGCCCCGGCGGUGGUUGCCGCCGCCCCCGGGACCCCCAAGCGGGUGAUCGUGCAGGCGUCCACCAGUGAGCUUCUGCGCUGUCUGGGCGACUUCCUAUGCCGGCGCUGCUACCGCCUCAAGCACCUAUCGCCCACCGAGCCGGUUCUGUGGCUGCGCAGCGUGGACCGCUCCCUGCUGCUGCAGGGGUGGCAGGACCAGGGCUUCAUCACACCCGCCAACGUGGUCUUUGUCUACAUGCUGUGCCGCGACGUGGUCUCUUCCGAGGUGGCCAGCGAGCACGAGCUACAAGCCGUGUUGCUCACCUGCCUCUACCUGUCCUACUCCUACAUGGGCAACGAGAUCUCCUACCCGCUCAAGCCCUUCCUGGUGGAGAGCUCCAAGGAAGCCUUCUGGGACCGCUGCCUGUCCAUCAUCGACUUGAUGAGCGCCAAGAUGCUGCAGAUCAACUCGGACCCACACUACUUCACGCAGGUCUUUGCCGACCUCAAGAACGAGAGCCAGAAGGAAGAGGAGCGCAGCCGCCUGCUUAUCGGCCUGGACCGGAGGGCCAUCGCCUGACUGCUGUUCGUCGUCACGCCACGGCCAUGAAAUCCUCUCUCCCGGUCUAUGCGGACUCGCGUGGACUUUGAUGAGCCCGGGACGGAACGUCAGCUGCGGCGUUAAGGCUUGGGGAUUUUUUUUUCUCUUUUUAAGGAGGGAGGCCGGCGAUCUCUCGGAGCAGACAAAGCAGUGAACGCUGGGAAAGAUUUGUUACGUUAUCUGACUUUUUCUCAACCAGAAGACGGUGACUGUAUUUUUUUUUCCCUAUUAUGACAAUUUAGUGGAUGUUUUCACACCUGUGUGGAGCUUAUUUAUUGCUUUUUCUUUACGGCUCUUCUGGAAAAAGCUCAUUUUCAUUGUAAUACUUGAUGAUGAUGGUUAGAAUGACAUGUAUUUUGCACGUGUGCCGGCGACUUUAGCGCAACGUCGUCUUCUUUGGACUUGAUGAUCUGCGUUCGUGUUGAUUUUUAGCUCUGCCUGCUAAGCUGAUUUUUUUUUUUUUGCUACUUAGCGUGCUCAUCAUGGACAGUUAAGAGUGCCAUAUCCUCCAUCACACUCUCCCUUCCACUGAUAUCUACUCACUCGAAUGACUUUAGCUCAUUACACGUCAAUGAACAUUUUAGCUUGAGCUUAUCAUCUUUCGUGGGGAAUUAAGAUUGCUUCUGGUUGAGUGUCAGGGAUUUAUCGCGGGUGACGCGCAGGAAUAAUCGGACCAGCACCACCGCCACGAUGUCAAAACAACUGGAAUAAAGUGGAGUGAAAAGUCAAAAAAGUGCUUCAUUGGUGAUACUUUUUUUUAUUUAUUUUUUUAUAAUCUGUCCUACUCAGCUGCUUAGACACGCACAGGGUCGAUUUUGUGUGCCUUUUGUUUUUAUUACCCGAACAGUUUGAGUUUUUAUAUUUUAGAGGUCACAUUUCUCCGCUGUAUUUUAUUGCCAGCAUCAAAUUUGAUGAGUAUUUGAUAAAGUCUAUCGACAGAGGGAAGGCUUACAAGUGUGCUUAAAAGGGGAGGUCACAUUUGAAGAUUACGACGGAGGCUUUUAUGCGCAUCAUUGAAAGAUAAUACAUCACUGGAGUCUACCGUGUUUGAAAGAUUCCCCCCCCCACUGCCCCCCCCGAAUCUUUCUUUUUUUUAUCUUCCUCUUCUACUUCAACUGUCCUGUUUAGCGGAAAUG